AUGCCACCUCGCGCCGGUUUCGCGCUGCUGGCGGUCUUUGGAGCCUCUUGCCUCUCCGUCGCGCAGGAGCCGUGCGGCGACUCCAACUCUGCGUGUGGCUCGUGGGCCGACGCCGGUGAGUGCGGCAAGAAUGUCGGCUUCAUGAAGGCCGAGUGCGCUGAGUCGUGUGGCUUCUGCACGCCGCCUCCUAUGCUGACGGCCGCUGACGAUCCGCUCCUCGGGCCCGAGCGCGUGGUCCUGUGCAUACACUAUGGCGAAAACAAGUACGGAGAGCUCGUCGAGGAGCGCAUGGAAGGCUGCACCGCGCCGCGCUGCCGCACUUUCACGUGCCGCGAGAGAGCGCUGACCAACCUCUCUGCGGAUCAGGGUUCACUCGCGCACGACGGUCUCAUCUCGCCACGCCUGAGGCGCCGCUCUACAGUCCAUUACUGGCAGACCGCGCGACAGCGACAGAGUCGUUACGAGGCCGUGUGCACCAAGCAGACCAAGUGGCACCUGAGCACCUUUGGCAGCCAUGGUCACUUCUCCUACCUGGCAGCGCAGCGAUGUGAGUUCAACGCACGCGGCUUCCCGCAGCCGGUGAGCGCGCCCGACGCCGACUCCUGCCGCAACUACUCGCUCGCGUCGCUGCCACCAAGCUGGAAAGAGAGCCACGGCGUCGCACAAGGGACUCGAGGCGCGGGCUGGUGGAGGUGGAAGCCGUUCCUGCUGCAGCAACGCCUGCGCGAGAUUGGCGACGGCGAGGUGCUGGUCCACGUGGACUACGACCUUUUGCUCGGGCAGGACUCGAGCGCGCUGUACUGCCUCGGGCAGAACGCGCAGCACGGCGUCGCUGCGUUUCACAUGCCGUGCUUCACUGAGCGCGCGUGGACCAAGCGCGAGCUCGCAGACGCGCUCGGUGCGGAUGACGCGAUGCUCGACAGCACGCGCUUCGCGGAGCGCUUCGUCGCCGAGUGGCUCAAGUGGACGACGGCGGGCGAGCUCGCCACCGACGCGCACGACCCGAAGCGGCAGCACGCCGGCUUCGUCGCGCACCGCCACGACCAGUCGAUCCUCUCGCUGCUGCUCAAGCGGCACCGCGUCAAGACGUUCCCGAUGCCGGCCAAGGAGCACGACGUGCGCGACAUCUGGGCGUGGGACGCGGGCUACUGCCACCGCCGCUUCAACUGGCCGCUCCCAGUCUACCGGCCAACCUACUACUUUGGCUACAUCAUGCAUUACAAGGAGAUGGGCCAUCAGCGCGAGUCGAUGCGCGACUGCGACGUCAAGCAGCCCUACCUGGCGAAGCUGCCAAUGCCGGAGUGA